AAAAUGAAUGUACACAUACGAACAUUAGUCAUUCCUUCAAAUUAUUAUACGACAAUGUGAAAUUAAUGUUGGUUGUGGAAGUUAUCUCUAUCUAAAAUAUGUCUACGAUAUCUAGGACGGGGCCUAAGUCCGUAUAUUUUCUGUUGGACGUUUAGCUCGUCUGGUUUUUCAAACGUAAUAAUCGAGCUAUUGUCAUGGCAUUGGUGUCGUUGACAUCAUCGACAGAGACUGUAACCUUAGGCCAACGUUUAAGAUAUUUCCAUGAUACAUUUUACACAGGUGUGAUAAAAACUUUUAACUUGUCCAUAACUCAAUAACCCUUCAACAUAUUAACGUGCAACCGUACACUUGGAUAUAACAGUGCACAUACCUCUAGAUUAACUAGUUCUCGAGUUAUGACCUUCGUUUUACUAAAACAAAAACAAAAAACGGACAAGCGUUAUCGUGUGCUGCAAGACGCUCUUGCUGUAAAACUUGGUUUCGCUAGCGUCAGCAAAUGCGUGUCGAGAAGCCGCCUAAUGACCCGAACGACUGGCUGUCAGAAAGCGGCCGGAAGACGGAGCGCCCGAGCCCCCUAUAUGGCGCCAACGAUUGGAUGUCGACAGGAAGUAACAGAGACAGCGGGCCGUUACUUCAAGAUGAAACUGACCAUGCCAUUAACAGGGAUGUGCUUCGUCUAGAAACAGCCGGGUCGCGGCGAACGGAAGUGGCCCAGGCUAACCGGGUAGCACUUCCCCUGCGUCCUUCUCCCACCCCCGCCGAUACUCCUGACCUCCCUGUAUCCACCCGUAUAUUAGAGUCUGUGUUAGACCGGAUGGGGCGGCUCGACCACCCGUCCGUCCUUGAGGUGUCCGCGGCCGCCAGAGAACUGCAAGCGCUCAAAGCCAAGGUUGCACAACUAGAGGGAAAAUUACAGAAUAAGGCGGAUUGGCGGCCCGGUCAGCAGGGUAAACGAGGGGAAACAGAAGCGGAAGAGGCGUCACUCCGAGAGCAGGUGAAGCGGAAAGACCGACUCAUCACAGACUACCAGAUAAGGCUAAAGACACUACGAGCGUCGUCCGACCUAGUCAUCCAGGGACUUUCAGUAGAGGACUUUGCCCCUGCAGGCGAGAUUGUGGACAACUUUACCGACCUGUUCGGGCUGGAAUGGCGAUACGCGCACGAGGCUCUCAAGUCAACGUGGACCGAGGAGCGCCGCAUUGCGUCCGUACUAUUUACUGUUGUCAGGGACGCUUACAUAUUCUGCACGGAGCAAGUCAAACACCAGCGGACGACGUUCACAGAUCUGUCCGCUCUCAUGAAGGAAGCCAUGAUACGUCCUACCUACAUACACCGCGAGACUAACUCCAAGUACAAGUACAACCUAGCCGGAGAGGGGACACCGGAAUUGGCACGCACUGCCUCUCAGGCCGCCCAGUUACUGGAUGACUAUCAGACGCUCAUGUGUUCACAGACCAUUCCAGGCAUACAGGAGUUGUUCCUGGACAUUAAACUCCCAGAGAUUGUUCCAAGUGAAGGACUGUCAAACUCUGUUCGUGAUUUUGCCAAGCGUGUGGUACAACUCACCUGGCUAAUGGUCGUGCAUGUUCCGCCGAUACUUUUCGCGUGGCUCGAGCCAAACGCUGCGGUCAGAAAAGAACAGUACGAGUUCUACCAGAAGAGAAUCGGUAAAAGGGUGCAGACAACAGUUUGGCCGGCGGUUUUUAAAUCAGAAGGCGGAGAACUUUUGAAAAAGGGAGUCGUUAUGGCCGUUUGACAUAUUCUGAAAUACAGAUAUCUUGUUAAAAAGAAGUUUAUAAAUGUUUAAUGGCUCCUAACAUAAUCACAAUUCAAAAUUCACAAAAUGACUCAAAGUAAAUGCAGACAUGUUCUCUGUGCAAAUGCAUCAUGCAAUAAAUCGGUACAAUUUACAAAA